GGCAACAUUAAUCUAUAAUUUUUUACAGCCAUACCUGCUAAAAUGGCAACUCGAAUUAUUGAUAAGGGGAAGGUAGAGGGUGGAGCUGUAUCUAUUUGCAAGCGCUGCAAUAAAGACGAGGCUACUACGAGUAUUCGAUCUGAGCCAGUCUGUCUGCAAUGCUUCACGUACUAUGUGAACACCAAAGCGAUUAAGCGCCUAGAGACUUAUAAGGAUCGCAAUCGACAAUCAGAGGCGAAGCGAUACUUGCUCCCUCUCUCGUUCGGCGCAUCUUCUACCUCACUCCUCCAUAUUCUCGACGAACAACUGCGCAAACAAUCAGAGCGCAUGGGCCGCACCUCAUAUGAACUCGUUAUCGCACAUGUUGAUCUUGAAUUCGAAGAUGAAGCCGCCUCUAAGAAGGUCCGUUCAUUAUGGAAGGCUGUGCAAGACCGAUUCCCAAAGCACACAUACGUCGAGGUCAGCAUAGCUGAUGCCCUCGACAUCAAAUCGAUCGACUGGCCGUCACUUGGCCUGGCGGUUGAUAAACAACUCCCAAAAAAGGAGCGCUUGGCAAAUCUCCUCAAAUCUAUUUCGACUGCAACUUCCCGCUCUGAUAUCGCCUCGACACUCCUCGCGCGCCUCCUGGUAUCCGUCGCCGAGAAGAACAGCUGCGGCAGCAUCCUAUUCGGCGACUCAACUACCCGGCUCGCCGAGAAGACACUCACCGAAACUGCGAAAGGGCGGGGUUUCUCUCUUCCCUGGCAGGUCUCUGAUGGCACUUCGCCGUUUCGCGACAACCUGUUCUUCAACUACCCGAUGCGCGAUCUCUUGAAGAAGGAACUGGUCGCAUUCACCAAGCUCACAUCACCCCUUCUGGCCGACAUAGUGAUCCCAGUGAACACCAAGUCAGCGCUGAGUGCUAGCAGCAAGAGCACGACAAUUGAUGAUUUGAUGACACAGUAUUUCGAGUCUGUCGAGGAGAAUUACCCAAGCAUUGUGGCGAAUGUAGUCAGGACAUCGAGCAAGCUCACGGCACCGGAGGUUAAUGGCGGCGCAGAAUGCACGCUGUGUGGCAUCCCAGUCGCUGAAGGCACAGAUGGUAUUGAUGGUUGGAGUGGCGAACAAAGCUCAUCCUCGCAGCCCACGAAGGAGGUUGCCAGUGUGCGGCCCAUACUGUGCUACGGUUGCGCGAGGUCAAUCAACGGUUGAAAUUCUGUCUGAUAGAACUUGAGGUUACUAUUCACGGGCCUUAAUUACUCAGAUCCGCCUUUCACGGCGUGGACACUCAGUGGUUCAAGCCCAGCGCAGGUUCGACCAGUGAUUGCUAUACCACAUGAUGUUUCACAGCAUCUAUAAGACAAUCGAGGUGUAUCGCAGCCAAUAUAUUGGCCAGAUGGAUCUCGGGUAUCAUUAUAUACCUACUGGGUGGGAUAGAGUAGAAUGGAUCAUAUAGAGGCAUACAAAUAAGGAAGGUUGGAUGAAAGAUAAAUUCUGUACUUCACAUUCAUUUAUUAUUUUUUGCCGUUUGAUUGCUGGGAGUCGAAUUCGUAACCUCUUUAUUCAUUCCAAGCCCUGGCCAGAUUUUCCUGACAGUGGUACUCCCACUGCGCCACUGUGCCGCUAGAUGAGAAGUUAAGUUGCUUUAUAAGGUGGUAGACGCCUGUGAUAGGGGGUGGGGGGUGGUAUAAGCCAUCAGCAGGAGAACUAUCCAAUACAAUGUUGUCUAUACUAUCCUACACCACGCUGUAUACCAACCUGCAUGAAAUGCGGCAAGAGAAACGCCUCUCCACCGUUUAUUAUUAUUCCCCAAUAUCGCCAAAUUAACGCCCACACACCCCUUGCAUCUCGACAACAUCAACUCCCCCUUCUUCAUCCAAAUAACUUCUCCCAAUCCGGCGUCGCCACAAUCUUCCCCAUCACC